CCUCAAUUUGAGACUCGACCAAUCCGUGUAUUCGAAGACGAAACUAUCCGUGUAUUUUGUAGUGCUGUGAACAUUAUCUGAAACAUUUUGAUACAUAAGUUUUGUUCAACACAAAAUUAUUAUUAACACAAAAUAAGACUAUUUUUAAGAUGGUCUAACAAAAAGGUAACUAAAAAGGAUAAAUUAUUACCACACUAAUAGAUUGUUAACUAAUUUUAAACUACAAGUUAAUAUAAUUAACAAUAUCAAAAUGGCGAUGAUAAUGCCUGAACUGUACGCAAAAUUAUCAACCAACAAUGUAAACAUUACAAAAACUCUUCUAAAGAAAUACAAACAUUUAUUAAAUUUCAAAAAGAAUCCAUCAAUCCUGGAAUUCGGCUUCGCUAGUGGCGAGAAUUCAAAACAGACUCUACAGCCUUAUCUUCCUCAUGAUUAUAAGGAGUUUGUAGCUGUCGAUAUCUCAGAACCUAUGGUAGAACGAGCCCGGAAAAACAACACGCAUAUUCCAAGAAGCAAAUUUUAUUGCUUAGAUACAUCAGCACCAGACUUACCAGAAAUGUUCCAAAAUCGAUUUGAUAAUGUAUUUAGUAUUAUGACAAUUCAUUUAGUAAAUAAUCCAAGACAGACAUUCGCCAACACAUUUAAGAUGCUCAAAGAUGGUGGUGAAACCUUCCAAACAUUUUUUAAACACACACCGUGCGACAGUGCCUUCCUAAAAUUGAGCAAACAUCCCAAGUGGGGAAAGGAACAGUAUAAUCAAAAGAAGAUGUUGAAUCCUUAUUAUGAUAAACCCGAACCUAAAGGAUACAUUACAGCAGAUCUAAAGGCAGCUGGUUUCCAGAAUAUCCAAAUUAUGGAGGAAGAUACGACAUAUAAUUUUGAAAGUGAAGAAAGUUUAAAAGGUCUCUACACGUCUGUCAACACUACAUUAUCUCAUAUUCCAGCUGAUGAACUUGAGGAAUAUAAGGAGGACUAUUGGCGAGAAAUUAGAAACUUGUAUACUCUAUGUGAACCAGAAAAUUAUCCAAAUCAUUUAGUAAAACAAGUUACAUUUUGUGUUGUUUGGGCAAAAAAAGAAUAAAUUUUAGUAGAAUAGA